AUGAUAUUCUAUAUUGUCCCUCUGUUGGCGACAUUGACCAAUUUGGUCGCGUCAGCGGCCACAAUCACCCCCCGCGAUGACGGCCCAGCAGACUUCAAGGCGAUCUUUGAUCCGGUAUUGUCUCCGGGGGCUCGGCUCUACCUCCCAGGCGACCCGGCAUACUUUAACAUGACCGAGAGAUGGUCCAACCUGUUUGACCCAUCCUACAUCGCUGCCAUUCAGCCUGCCACUGAGGAAGAUAUCCAGAAUAUUAUCAAAGCCGCCAAUGAGCACGAGAUCCCGUUCCUGGCUACCGGGUCUGGUCACAGCGUCAAGCCAGGUUAUACCACGGUCAAGAACGCGGUAAACAUCGACCUCAGCCAACUGAAAAACGCAUGUUUGGACUAUGGGAAGAACACCAUAACCAUCGGUCCUGGUGUUCUGAAUAGCCAGGUCUAUGAUAUGCUUUACAAUGUUAAAAAAGAGCUCCCGCUCAGCACGGAUCGGUGCAUCAGCACCCUUGGAACCAUGAUCGGUGGUGGUCUUGGAACCCUGUACAGCGUUCGCGGUAUCCUGGCCGAUUCCCUCGUCUCGGCCCACGUCGUCACUGCUACGGGAGAGCUGGUCACGGCCUCAGCCACCGAGAACCCAGGCCUCUUCUGGGCAAUCCGUGGGGCGGGGCACAACUUUGGCAUCGUUACUUCCGCCACAUUUAAGAUGCAUGAUCAGACCAGCGGAGGGUCGAGUGUGUUUGGCGAUUUCGUGAUCCCGAACCCCCGAAACGCGUCGGCCUUUGAGCUCUUGAAGUCGGUGGACGAACACCUGUCGCCGGGUGUUUUCUGGGGUAUUCUCGGUGAUUUCAACCACACUACUAAACAGCCCGAGCUCCAUGUUCGUCUCUUAGUGUUCGGUGACGAUGCCGAUGCCGCCCCCCACCUGGACAAGAUUAUGGCUUUGGACCCGGAAGUCACCUUCUGGAAAAAUACCACCUGGAACACAUACGGUGAAGAGACAGCCAUUAUGUGCAACCGGGGCUGGAACUCAAACAUGUACUCGAUGGGACUCAAGCAUACCGACGUGGACACCAUGGUCGCAGCGUUCACCAACUGGAGCACUUUUGCGGCAGAGCACGACUGGUUCAAAGGGCUGCUGAUGAUUGAACGACACUCCGAGACAACUGUCAUGGCAGUCCCUGAGGAGGAGAGGGGUGUUUUCCCUUGGAGAGACACCAAGAUUCAGAUGGUCUUCGUCAACUAUAUUGACGAUCCCAAAUAUGCGAGCACUCUGGAUGACUUCAUUCAGCCAUCGCGAGCAGAGAUCCAGUCCGCCAUGGGAUUCGAGAAUCACCACAGCUACGUGAAUGAGGCAUACGGCGAUGAAGGUCCGGAAGUGUGGUAUGGAGCUUGGAACUUGCCUCGACUAGUGGAGUUGAAGCAGCAAUGGGACCCGAAAAAUCAGUUUGGACCGGGCAUGCCUAUUCCGUUGAGCCUAUAG